GCAAAAGCGAACAACAUGUAGUGGAGAUCGGUUCAGUCAGCCCUCGCACACAGGCGCCGUGUUUGUGAGCGGAAACAAUACAUCCACAUCCACGCCGCGGAACGGCUGGCUGGCUGUUUUCUGUUUGGAUUCUGGAAACCGCGAGCGCAUUUAUAUUUUUGGUCAAAUGCAGAUGUUUUGGAGGGAUGCUGCAGCCGAAGGGACGAGUGAUGUGAAGUUUUAUCAGCCACUGCGCCGAUUGCCGCUCAGCGCUUAAACGAGACACCGAUAGCCGAUGAUAGGAUCGUAUUCAGGUGCUUUUACGCGCAAGUGCUGCACGCCGUGGAAGAGCAGAAGGUGUAGCGGGGGUUUGGCUGCUACAGAGAGAGGAUGGUGGCAAAGAUGGCGAGCUGCGGAGCGACUUCUCACCUGGAGGACGGAGACGGAGAUAUCCCUGCGCCUGAGAACAAAGAUAAUGUGACAGAAAGUGACAGCAGCGGUUCAGAGAACACGGGAACGUCCACCGAGGACAGCUCGGAGGAGGAAGCGGAGGAUGAAGAGGAGGAUGAGGAUUCUGAGGGCUGUGCUGAGAAGGAUGGAGGAGAGGAAGAUAACGAAGAGGCCGAUGCAGAGGAGUCUAAAAAUGAGUCAGUCCCUGGACCUGAAGCUGAGGUUUCAAAUGGGAAAGGUGAGAGGCUCUUCAAAUCGUGCUGUGAAAAAUGCAAAGCCAUCCAGCAGAGCCACGGCAAUGAGCUUGUUACCCCCAGGAGAAUCUCUAAGGGACGAUUGCAGGUGCAGCUGGAAGGGGAGGGCACCUACGAGUGUUCGGUCACCGGCCUGGUGUUUGAAGCGUCGGAGCGGGUCCUCCUGCGGUACUCGGUCUUGUCCUGGUCCAAGUUUGGCUCGUUCCUCCGGGACUCCUGGAAAUUUGCUGGGCCCAUAUUUAACGUGGACACAGUCAAUAAGGAGGCGUCCGUCCUCAAGUCCAUCCAGUUCCCUCACUCCGUCUGCCUUGCCGCUCAAGAAAAUGAGAUGACAUUCAGCGUCCUGCACAUAAAGGACAACCGUCCACGCAUCGAGCCGACCGUGGACCACUCAGGUAGCCACGUCAAGUGGAACGUGACGUCCCUGUCCCCCGUGGGUCCCAUCAUUGAGACGAACCAGUCUGUGGAGCGUCACGGGGUGGUCCUGGUCUACAAGCAGCUGGCCAGUGACAACAACAGCUACAGCUUCCACGUCUACCUGGCAACCAACAGCUCAUCCGACAUCAAGGAUAUAGCCAAACAGGUGCGAGGCUACAAGAACCGUCACAUCCGGAUAGAUAAGCCUCCCACAUGUAUACUGGAUGAGGGGAUGUAUCGUCUCAUGAGCGAGCCGGAGGGAGAGAUCAAACCUCAGGAUUUGAAAUUCACCCAUGCGGUGACUAAGAUGAAAGGCUACUUCGAAGCUUUCUUCGAGCAGCCUCCUCCCUUUAAAUUGUCUCUUAUAGAGAUUGACAGUGAGGAGACUGUGUGGUCGGCCACCAUCAGAGAAGGUGACUGUGUGGAUAACACAGAAAAGAAGCCAAGGAAAAGGACAAACAGCAGACAGAGGAGCAGCAGCCCCUCAGAAGAAGAAACGGUCUGUAAAAGACCUCGAUGGCAGGACGAGUCAGAUGGAGUGAAAACAGCGAUGACUCAGGCCCGGGACAUGUCAGAGAAGCAGCUACUGCAGGUGGCCAAGCGGCUCGGGAAGGAGUGGAAGCAGGUGGCCAUCUUUCUAGACUUGGACUCCAAGGACCUCUAUGACAUCCAGGCGGCAGAGAAUGACGUGACCAUGCAGAAGCUGAAGAUGCUGGUGGAGUGGAAGAGCAGAAGGCGGCCGGGAGAGGCCACGGCGCACCACCUGUGGAACAGUGUGAAGGACCUGGAUGACCUGCCAAAUGAGGUCCAUCAGACACUGCGCGACAUGAUGCACAAUCAAGAGGCUAAGUGAAAGAUAUUUGACUCAAAGUGACUGUUGGGUAUCUGCGAUAUCUGCUCCAUCAUGGAUCUCAGGAAUGCAACAAAGCAGAGUUGACUAGAUGGACCAAACAUCAGCUCUUCUCUCAGUUUGAGGUUCUCUUUUGAAUAUUUGAUAUUUGAAUACAUGAAAGUGGCCUGUUUUUGUAUUGCCUUUGAAUGGACAUUUUCCCUAAUUUUGUUAAUAUUAAUAUGGUCACUUGAUCCUGAAAUAAAUACAAAAUGGAUGAGCUGUACCCAAAGCUCCCUCUGUGUUGCCAGAAUUUAAUGCUCAGCAUUAUCAUGUUCAAAAAUGACCAGUAGUGUAUAGAGGUGCAGAGUUCACUGAGAUAUCAAGUAGCUAAUUAUGUAGCCAGUAACAGAUGGAAAUGUAGGUGCUGCAGUGUUGAAACUGCAAAAAAUGGGAAAAAUCCAACCUGUGUAUUUUGUUUCACUUUUAAAUGUGAUGUUUGUGGGACUUUUUAUAAAAUAAUUAGGCAUUACAUCACAUGCACGUGCCUGUGACUCUCCAAAUCAUUACGGACUGAAUUGCGUUUUUAUUAUUUUUACUUGUGCACUGUAUGUCCUGUACAUAUCUUUUUUUUACCGACUUUUUCAAACCUGUGAACUAUUUUUUUAAGUCUGUUUUGUCUGUUUAUGCCUGUUUGUGUUUUAUUUGACAACCCUCAACCUGAAAAACUAAAUGGAACUGCAUAAUUCUGUUCAUUUUGUUUAACUUGAAUUAUGAAUCUUGCCCACCUGCGACUGGGCCGCACAUCAGGUGUCUAUUGAAUAUAAAUGUGUGUGUGUUAAAGAAGUGUAAAUUGUGAGAAAACCACUAAACACAAACAUUUGGAUUCAGGGCUGAAUUUUAAGUAUUCUACCUGUGUGAGUGCAGCUGCAGCCUGGAAGCAUUCAUAUAUAAUUUUAUGAGUCUUCUUUUCAAGGUUUAUCUUGUAGCAGCGAACCUUAAAACACACAAACUCUACUGUAAGCUGCCUCUGGAAACAUUUCAGUUACAUUUUCUCAACAUUCCACCAUUAGUCACAGCUUUGUUUCGGUUGUGCCUCUUUUUAAAUGGCAUUUGUCAUAUCUGAACACUAUUUUGGAAAACCUGCAUGGCAUCUGGAAUGUCCAGUCUUUUAGGGUCUUCCAUGCCAAUCUUGUGCAGUAAUGUUUACAGUCAGAGAACGGGGUCGCUUCCUUAAACAAUUCAACACCAACAAUCCAGUCCGUCCUUUUACACUUGUGUCUAUCAUGCCUGAGGCCCUCCAAAGAAUUGUGGAAUAAUUGCAAAGAAGCAAAAUGUUGACCAAAUAAAACAAGAA